AUGAACUCCCGCGAACAUCGUGAGUUAUUGGAAAUAUUCUAUAAAAAACAAUCGUAUGUUUUUCGUCUGCUGGCUUUGUGGAAACUCCCAGAUACGGUUACGGAACGUUUUCGCCUGCUGCAUCGUUUCUAUUUCUAUUACAUACUCUUCUUUUGGGUGUUGUCCUUCGAUGCCAGCUGCAUGAUACAAUUUAUUGCCAACAUUACGGAUCUGAAUGAAGUUAUCAAGGUGUUUUUCAUUUUUGCCACCUCGUUGGCGGUGUUUGCGAAAUUUGCAACAAUUAAAUUGAAAAAUCAUCUCUAUGCUGAAUUGAUUGAGACCAUCCAUGAGCCAGCAUAUCGGCCGGUCAAUAGUCGAGAGGUGAAGAUUUUCCGUCAGACACAUCGUCUGUGUGGCACCGUUCGUAACUUUUAUUUGGUCAUAUCGUUGUGUGCCCUCAAUGUGGUAAUGCUGACUCAGUACAUCUUCGAUAAUUCCGAAUUACCCCUGUCGCUUUACAAUCCCAUCAAUAUUGACACCAAGCUACGUUAUCGUUUAAUGUAUCUGUAUCAGUAUGUUGCCGUAUCGAUUUGUUGUUACAUGAAUAUUGCCUUUGAUUCAAUUUCCGCUUCGUUUAUGAUCCAUAUCAAGGGUCAGUUGGAUAUACUUUGCGAUCGUUUGGAACAUUUGGGAAUGGAUCAGGAGAGCAGGGAUGAGGAUAUUACGAGGCAGUUGAAAAAUUGUGUAAAAUAUUAUGGAGAUAUCAUUCAUAUUGUUCGCAUAGCAGAGAAUUUAAUAAGUUUUCCAAUAUCCAUACAAAUUGCCUGUUCGGUGCUGGUGUUGGUAGCCAAUUUCUAUGCCAUGUCGUUUCUCUCCGAUCCCGGCGAUUAUGCCAAUUUCAUCAAAUUCCUCAUCUAUCAGCUGUGCAUGCUGUCGCAAAUUUACAUUCUCUGCUAUUUUCCCAGUGAGGUGACGGCUAAGAGUGAAGAAGUUCCCUACUAUUUGUACUGUUCGAAUUGGGUCUAUUGGAAUCGCAUGAAUCGUAAAUUGACGCUGUUGAUGAUGACCCGUUUCGAUAUACCAAUACGUAUUAGAUCGAUAAAUCCCACGUAUACAUUUAAUUUAGCGGCUUUUACUUCGAUUGUCAAUUCUUCUUACAGUUAUUUUGCUUUGCUGAAGAGGAUCAAUAGUUAAAUGGGAGGAGGGAAUGACGGAGUAUUCUUAUUUAAUAUUUUCUUAUUAAUAGGCGCAGCAGUCUUUUAUGCGCCUAAAAGUAUACUCAAUAUUUAAUAGAAACCAGUUUAAUGAAUAUCAAAAUGACGAUUGUAAUGAUCUUAAAAUCUAGUCAAAUAGUAAGAAUAGUAUUGGCAUUUUCACAGAUUACCUAGAUGAAUUCUGAGUCGCACUUUUGCCCUGAUAGAUGAUAAAUUUUGCGAUAUUUUUUGUUUUGUUUUUGAAUUCAUAAUAAACG